UAUGAAAUAAUCAAAUAUUAUGCAAUCCGUACGUUUUGACUUGUAAUUUUGUACUACCGUACGUGUAUCAUAAAUAAUUUCUCAUUUUAAAUAAUUGUAUAUUACUUUAAAAUGUCUGAUAAAAAUGACAAUAAACCUGAUGAGUUGGAAACUUUAGAAUGGUUAAAGUUGAAGACUUCCCAAGGAAAAACACCGGAUUAUAUUAAACAGGCUACAUUAGAAAAACCCGCUAACAAAUUUGUAAGAAAAAUUAAAGAAAAUCCCUUUGUUCCAAUUGGUACGAUGGCCACUGUUCUUUUCCUUGGUUACGGGUUGAAGAGCAUGUACACAGGAGAUCGUAUGAAAUCUCAAAUGAUGAUGCGCGGACGAAUAGCCGCCCAAGGAUUUACCGUAGUGGCACUGUUGGGUGGACUGUUCUACAAAGGAAUGGGGGCUUUGAAAGAAGCCGAGGAAGAAGAAAAGAAAAACAGCGAGGUAUAGUACUUAGUACAAAUGUCACUAUUAAAAAUGGCUUUUGUUUAUGUAGUAAUAACGUGUUUCAUAUUUGUUUUGUGUAACGCAAAAUAAUUAAUAAAAAAUAAAUCAAAAUACAGAAGAUUAUAUUUUUGUAUUAUCUUUUUUCUUAUUAUAUACCAACAACAUUAUUAAGUUGCGAAAAAUAUUGUUUCUGUUCUUAAUAAUUAUACACUUGUAAGAUACUCUUUAAAGUAAUCUUUAGUUUUGCUAUUAGUAUGUUUUUUUAAUAGUUACAUGUUUCAGUUUACACAGUAAAACAUAACGGAAUAAAGUGCGAUAUAUAGGAAAAUAUAACAAUUUUAUUUUUAAUUGUACUAUUUUAGGUGACUCGCAUUUAUCGGUCGACUAUCAUAAGUCAAUAUGUUAACUGUAUAAAUUUAUGUUAGUUUAUGUAUGGUUAAAAAUAGGUUUAUAUACUUACAAAUUGUGACAAUGACAAUGUAUGAACCUAAAUAUUGUUUAUUUAACUUGUACUUGAUUGAGUGUAC